GCCUCUAUAUCACACUCUCGUGAGUCUCGACUUGACGUUAGCUUCGCAGAACAAGAAGAAUUCCAAGAAUUUGGUUAUUUACAAUUCACGUACAAUGGAUGACUCGGAGACCAUGCGCUAUAUUCGUCUUAGUGACCACCCUUUCGCUCGAAACCAAGCAACGGCUUCGCAACCCAUACAUCCAGGUCAAGUCAUAUUCGCGACUUUGCCACUCACGACUGCACUUCUCCCUAGCACAGAGGGCCAACGAUGCGAUAACUGCCACUGUCUGGCGAAUGACCGCGUAGCUUUACUGAAAUGUUCUGGCUGUGCCUCUUUCUGGUAUUGCGGGGUUAACUGCCAGAUUACGCAUUGGAAGGCUCACCACCGAAGAAUAUGCAAAGCAUACAACCGGUACACCAUCUCAUCAGGAUAUCAAGCGUUGCCUGUCAACGAGAAAGUGGAUGCAAUGCUGUUGUCCCAAUUACUCGUCCAGGUUUUUCCAAAGGAUGAUUUUUCCCUACCACCGCUUGCAGGAAACGAUCCUUUGGUGUCAGUGUUUUUCGACUUGUUGCAGGGUCCAACACAUGCGAAUAUCCCAGGUCUAUGUAGGACCUCCAAGUCUGCUGAUGUUCCGCAGCACAUUGCGCGCGAAUGCUUUUCGCGCUUUGGAAACAACAACUUCGUUCUUCACUCCCAUCUAAAUACAUUUGCGCAUGGAGUGUAUCCGUUGGCCAGUCGCCUUUUUAACCAUUCUUGCAUUCCGAACUGCGUAGUCAAAUACCGGAUCACGCGGGGAGAACCGGUGAAAAUGGAAAUAGUCUCUUUGCACGAGAUUGCUGCAGGGGAAGAGAUUACCAUUCCGUACCUGGACCCUGCUUUACCAUACGAGACGCGUCAGAAUGCGCUACAAGCGAAUUACGGAUUCCGAUGUGCCUGUCUUCUUUGCACAUUCGAGAAACGGAUUCAUCCGAUACCGUCCUUGCCUCAAAAUACCGAAGAAUUUGCCGCACUUACAAAGCAGUUGCAAACAUUCACAGAGGAUGAAGACGAGACCCAGGACGUUCCUCUGAUGUUGUCCAUGCCGGCACAGCUUUACCCUUUGCUCAACGAAUCAUAUCUCCCCGAGUUGUCGGAACAAUUCAGUCACUCCUCGCACGAAGGAGAGUAUGAGACCGCACUACUCACGGGACGAAACCUCUUGGCUUUGUAUAAGGUACUAUAUCAUCGAAACUUCCCACAAAUAGGCAUGCAUGCUCUGGAACUGGCAAAGACAGCGUGGAAUGCGGUAGUUACUGCUGGACCCGAUACUCCCCCUUCUCAGUUGCAGCGCUUUGAAGAGCAAGCCAUUUCAAGUCUGACUACUGCAAGACGUGUUCUGCAAAAUUAUGGACCCGAAGGGGAUGAGGGAGGUCCGCUUGAAGAAAUACUUGUCCUUCAGGAACUGCUGGAGGAAGGGAGGAAGCCUUGAUGAUAUUUUCUUACGCUUUGUGCCUGUAUUUCUGAUCAGGAGCACAGAUAUACGAAAUAGAUUCCUCUAUUCCACUUUUUGCCAUGCGGGCCAGCUUAUCGUCGUCUACACUCUAUGCCGUUGUGGUACUUCACAAUGGAGUAUGAACUUACAUCCUU